GAUCGGGGGUAAUGUGUUUUUUUAGGCAAAUGGAAUGGGAAUAGCCGAUUCUAAAAAUAAGGAGAGAGAUCGGAGUAGAAGAUCGGAUUCCAUUUUCCUUCCUCUCCUUUCUUUUCUUCUACGACGCACGUUCAUUAUUCUCCCUCUUUCUCUCUCUUUUUCCCUCCUCCUUUUUUUAGAAAGAACAUUAAAAAUACUAUAUUUUUUUUCAACUACAGAGGAAAAAAACCGUCAUCAUUAUCCUUUCGAAGGCGGUUCCUUGGCUAAAAGCCGUAGCUUCGAAAUGAGCACGGGCGACCUUCUAAACAUCGACCCUGUAGAGCUCAAGUUUCCUUUUGAGCUGAGGAAGCAGAUCUCUUGUUCUCUUCAAUUGUCGAAUAAAACUGAUAAUUUUGUAGCUUUCAAGGUGAAAACAACAAAUCCAAAGAAGUAUUGCGUUCGUCCCAACACUGGGAUCGUCUUGCCUCAAUCUACAUGCGAUGUUAUGGUUACCAUGCAAGCGCAAAAAGAGGCUCCUCCUGAUAUGCAAUGCAGGGACAAAUUCCUCCUUCAAAGUGUAAAAGUAAAUGAUGGUGCAACCUCAAAGGAUAUAACUGCAGAAGCGUUCAAUAAGGAAGCUGGGCAUGUGGUUGAGGAAUGCAAGUUGAGAGUGGUGUAUGUUUCUCCACCUCGACCACCUUCACCUGUACGUGAAGGUUCCGAAGAAGGGUCUUCACCAAGAGGCUUUGUUUCAGACAAUGGUCAUGCAAAUGCUGCUGAGUUUGCUACAGCUGCAAGAGCCUUUACUGAACAGCUUGAAGCUCAAGAUAAAUCUUCUGAGGCAAGAGCUCUUAUAGCAAAGCUGACUGAGGAAAAAAAUAACGCAAUUCAACAAAAUAAAAAACUUCAUCAAGAACUGGAACUCUUAAGGCGUGAAGGCAGCAAAAGCGUUGGUGGUGUGUCAUUCAUGUUUGUCAUCUUCAUCGGCUUGCUGGGCAUAAUUAUGGGAUAUAUCAUGAAGAAGUCAUAAGCGACUAUCUCCUAGGAUCUUCUGCAUUUUUGUCCUCUACAUUCCUUCAUCUGGAGAAGUAUGAUGAAGGAAAAGGGCAGAAAAAAUGAUGGUCUUGGGCUGGUGUUUCCAUUAGUUGUUAGCUUUAUGGAAUUAGCUGAACUUUUGUUACGGGCGGGUCCUAUGGCUAUGUAGUUGCUAGUCGCACUUUCAAUAACGUGCAUUCUUUCUAUUUCUUAAAAAAUAGUGAAUUUAUCAUCUUCUUCCCGUUUCUCAACCCACCUUUCUUUUUGUUGUUCACUUUUUAAUAAUAUAA